AUGUCGAAGCGACCAGCUGAGAUGCGCCUGGAGGAUGUAGUCGACGCGCCCUCACCAGCCUCGAAACGAGCACGGGUGGAAGAUGAAGAGAUGGCGAGUCCUCCGACAAAUGGGAGCAACGGCUUCCACAGGCCGCCAGCGCAAUACGAAACACCAGAUAUCUUGGGCGCAGACGCGGAGGAGCAUGCGGAGCUCCUCGAAGCAGGCGCAAUCGACAACGACGACGACGAAGAAGAAGACGAGAACGCACCUGCACUGGGCGCAUCCAAACGCCAGGACGCACCCGAAACCGGCUACACAGAUCUCUACCUCGACACAAUCAACCGCAAAGUCCUCGACUUUGACUUUGAGAAGCUAUGCUCCGUCACGCUGUCCAACAUCAACGUCUACGCUUGUCUAGUAUGCGGGAAAUACUACCAAGGAAGGGGACCCAAGUCGCAAGCAUACUUCCAUGCGCUGGAAGAGGGACACCAUGUAUACGUCAACAUGGAGACGAAGAAGGUCUAUGUGCUGCCUGAAGGCUACGAGGUGAAGAGCAAGUCACUCGAUGAUAUAAAAUUCGUCGUGGACCCACGCAUGACCAAGAGUGAAGUUGCGCGGCUAGACAAGGAGCCAAAAGUGUCCUGGGACCUCUCGAAUCGCGAAUACAUCCCUGGCUUCGUAGGCAUGAACAACAUCAAAGCAAACGACUACUUCAACGUCGCCAUACAAGCACUCGCCCACGUGGUGCCAUUACGGAAUUACUUCAUGCUCGAGGACCUGUCAAGUAGACCGCAACUCGCCCAGCGUUUUAGCACACUAGUCCGCAAGAUUUGGAACCCACGGGCCUUCAAAACACACGUCUCGCCUCACGAACUCCUCCAAGAAAUCGCUCUACGGUCUUCCAAACGCUUCAGCCUCAGCGAACAAUCCGAUCCCGUCGACUUCCUCUCGUGGUUCUUAAACAACCUACACCUCGCAGUCGGUGGCUCCAAAACCAAACCGGGUAGCAGCAUCAUCCAAAAGGUCUUCCAGGGUACACUGAAGAUCGAAUCCCAAGAAAUCACCGCUCGGGCCGACGCAGGUGACCGUCUGCGCUUCGAAGAUGCAGCUGUCAAGACGGAGACUUCGCGUUUCCUGAUCCUCACCCUCGACCUACCCUCUGCCCCUUUAUUUCAAGAUGCGCUCGAGAAGAACAUUAUACCGCAAGUGCCUCUGGUCAACAUCCUCAGCAAAUACAACGGCGUGACACCGCAAGAAAAGAUGAAGAAUCGCGUUCGCUACCGCCUCUUGCACCCUCUACCGCCCUACCUGUUGUUCAACAUCAAACGCUUCUCCAAGAACAAAUUUGUCUCUGAGCGCAACCCGACCAUUGUCACCUUUCCCGUUCACAGUCUCGACAUGGCGCCUUAUGUUGAGCCCAAUCCCAAGGAGUACCCACCGGGCGAGCCCAUCUACUACGACCUUGUUGCCAACAUCACGCACGAGGCGGUCAAGAGCCGUGAUGACAGUGUCGAGGGAGAGCAGGAACGACGGGUGUGGAGAGUUCAGCUCAAGGACCGUGCGCGGGAUGAGUGGUAUGGGAUUCAGGAUUUGUACGUGGAGAAGGAGAGGGGGGAGACGCUGUUUACAAAGGAGGCCUACGUCAUGGUGUGGGAGCGCAGGAGGGGGCAGGGCAAGAAGUAG